AGCUUCUCCACAAAAGUUAGCCAAUAAAACAAAACACCAUUGUAACAGAUUUCUGUUCGGUUGGCUCUUACAUUCAUCCACGUAGCAGCUCCGUCUCAAAAAAGAAAAUGGGGUUUCGAAUGCUUCAAGAUUUCCUGCGCAUUCAGCGCUGGGAGCGCGAGAUCCUGAAGCGGGACGACCACACCGAGAGCAUCGUCGUCCGUAGCAUUCGAAUGAUCCCGUGGUCAGGUGUGACGAUGCUCUUCUUCAUCAUGGUCUUUUUCGGGGUGGAUCUGGGCGCCGGUAUCAAGCAGACCGCGCGACAGAUUAAAGAGAAGAAAGAAGAUGCGCAGACCACGCUGGAGGUUCAGAAGGUGCAGGCCCGCCAGUGGUCAGUGGAGCAGGUAAAGAACUUUAGAGAGGGGGACCUUCCACAACCGUCGUGGGAGAAGGGUGGACCGCGUGCCAAGUAA